AUGGUCAUGGACGCUUUUCGCAAGGACAAGGACAACACCGAUAAUGCCCCCCUCAGACCGGUGUCAUCCCUGCUGUCUCAUUUCGAGAACCUCUCACACCGCCGAUCCCCGUCUGCCCUGCCGUGCGGCCCGCGUGACUCCUUUCUCAGAUCCUCCGACGGCGACGACUUCCGCUCCUCGCGGGCGUCGCUCGAUCUGCCGCGUCCACGCUCGCCUUGGAGCCAGUCUGAAUCCCAGAAUGGCCACACAAACGGGACCCUCCCGCGUCAGAUGACGGGGUCUUCUGGCCUGCGCCAGAACCGACCCAUGUCGAUGAACUUCCGCUCCUCGCCUCAAUUAGCGCCGACACUGACCGUCGACUCGCCGCGGUCUCCUCCGAGAGGGCUAGGAGCGUCGCUGGAUCGGGCAGAUGAUCACUGGGCUUCUCGCACCCCUCCGAAUGCCUCGCGCGAGUCACUACCCCCUAGGCCAGCUCCCCCUCCGUCGUCCUCCCUCCACCGCCCAACCACCCCCACCUUCCCGUCCUCCGUCCCGUCAGAGCAGACCCCAAUGCAUCGGUCUCCCGGUGCUGCGGACACGUUAGGCGUCUCGCGCGACAGUCUGUCCGAGCGAAAAUUGAAGAGCGCGUCCUUGCCGCCGCCGGCGAACCGCGCCGCUAAACCCAAGAUCCCCGCCAAACCAGUCGGCCUGUCAUUCCAGGAUAACAACUCGCUUGCUCCGCGGCAUGAUCGCGCUCCCUCCGAGGAGCGAGGGGUUUCGCCUUUCAGUACGCCGCCGAGCAGCCCGGAGAAGGGACCGGCGAAACCCGCGCCGACUCCUAGAACCCAGUUCCAGCGUUCCCCGUCACGGCCGACGGCGGAGCCUCCGAGUCGGCGCUCGUUCGAUGUCGAGAGACCUCUGCCUACAACUACACCGCCCGUCCUGCGGGAUGCGAAUGAUGGGUUUUCGUCGCGCAGACGGCCUGAGGCUGCGCGGGAAGGGCGGUCGUUGGUGGUGCAGAUUCCCCGCGGGCCACCUCCGCCGGUGCAGCGGGAGACGAUGUCCAGCGUACCAUUCUCGGCCAACCGAGCCUAUCAAGACAGUCCUCUCGAACGGCCGGGUCUGCCUCCUCGACAUCCUUCGGUGGCGCGGCGCGUAGCUCGAUCUCCAUCUCGACCGGCGCACGGUUUGGAUAGCCCGGCCCUGCCUUCGCCAUACCCCGGAAGGCAGGACUUGCGCCAGAGUCAAAUGGAGCCUCAAACGCCGCGAGCGAUCCAGAGGCAACCAUCGAUUCCCCGCGAGACAAAACCGCCUCCUACCCCUGCUGUCCCUCCUACUCCGGCCGUCCCCGCCACACCGUCUGUUCCGGUGCGCCCAAUGCCCACUUCUAAUGAGAGCGAGAUCAAUCCUUCGGAAGAACCGGCGGUCUCACGUACGGAUUACCCGGAUGCCUCGGUGGCGAAUCGGCGGCCGCCGCUGUUGAAGAGUGGCCCUCAAGAGAUCCACACCCGGUACGAUACCCGACUGAUGGAUGUGUGCGGCAAGCAUGUAUGCACCACCGGGUACCUUACUCGGGUUUGGGACUUGACCACCGGCGAACAGAUCAUGAGUCUCAGCCAUGGGGAGACUGUCAAGUGUCUGUCUUUGGCGUUCAAGCCUGGAAAUGGUCUGGAGGAUGAAGGGCAGCGGAUUUGGCUGGGCACGAAUGGCGGCGAACUGCUCGAAGUCGAUAUCGCCACGCAGUCCGUGGUUUCGUCGCGGUCUUAUCCCUCUCGACGCGAGAUUAUCAAGAUCCUCCGAUGUAAGAAGGACAUGUGGACCCUGGAUGACGAAGGUCGCCUGCUCGUCUGGCCCCCUGACGAGACAGGGACCCCCAACCUUCAGUACAGCUACCACAACCCCUACGACCGGGUCGUGAAGGGGCACAGCUUCUCGCUUGUUGUCGGCGACAAACUGUGGCUAGCCACCGGCCGAGAAGUGCAUAUCUAUCGACCGAACGCCCGCGACGACGUGACGUUCAAGGUCCUGAAGAAGCCGCUCGGGUCGCAGCAUACAGGGGAUGUCACGUCUGGCGCGUAUACCACCAAGGAUGGAGGCCGGGUGUACCUGGGCCAUGCCGACGGCAAGGUGACGGUGUACUCGGCGCACGAUUACUCUUGCCUGGCGGUCGUCAACGUCAGCGUCUACAAGAUCAACUGUCUGGGCAUAGUUGGAGACUACCUCUGGGCGGCGUACAAGACCGGUAUGAUCUACGUUUACGACACGAGGACCAAUCCGUGGGUGGUGAUGAAGGAUUGGCGCGCACACGAUAGCCCGGUAUCGAGUUUCUUGCUUGAUACGAGUAGCGUGUGGACGAUGAACCGGCUGCAAGUGACGUCGCUUGGAACGGACAAUUGCAUUCGUCUGUGGGACGGCAUGCUGGAGGAUGAUUGGCUCGAAACUCGAAUGCAAAAACGCGACGUCGAGUUCUGCACUUUCCGCGAAAUCCACGCCGCCAUUGUGACUUGGAACGCCGGUGCCUCGACGCCUGGCAGCGUGCGCGCGUCUCAAUUCAUCGCCGACGCCAUCCACCCGGAGAACCCGCCGGAGAUCAUCGUUUUCGGAUUCCAGGAACUAGUGGACUUGGAAAACAAGAAGAUCACAGCCAAGAGUUUACUUCUCGGAAGCAAGAAGAAAGAAAGCGGAGAGAAGGAACACAUGAGUCGGCAGUAUCGAGUCUGGAUGGAACACCUCACCCGGUGCAUCAACGACUGCAUGCCCUUGGAAGAGUCGUACGUUCUCUUGCACAGCGCCAAUCUGAUCGGACUGUUCACGUGCGUCUUUGUGAAACACAAAGAACGACAACGCAUCAAGAACGUCAGCGCUGCCGAGGUGAAGCGAGGUAUGGGUGGGUUGCAUGGGAAUAAGGGUGCACUUAUUCUUCGGUUCGUGCUCGAUGAUAGCUCCCUGUGCUUCGUGAAUUGCCAUUUGGCCGCGGGACAGACGCAGACGGCCUCUCGCAACAACGAUAUCGCCGGGAUCCUAGAGUCCGAGUCCCUGCCUAUGGAGAGCAGCCUCGCUACGCGGGCAGACCAUUUCGUCAGCGGCGGAGACGGCUCGAUGAUCAUGGACCACGAGAUUUGUCUGCUGAACGGCGAUCUGAACUACCGCAUCGACUCCAUCCCCCGCAACGUAAUCAUCGAAGCCAUCCGGCAGAACAACCUGACCAAACUGCUCGAUCGCGACCAGCUGCUGGCAUCGCGUCGCAAGAACCCAGGCUUCCGCCUGCGGUCGUUCAACGAGUCCCCGAUCGCCUUCGCGCCGACGUACAAGUAUGACGUGGGGACGGACGACUACGACUCCAGCGACAAGAAGCGGUCUCCGGCCUGGUGCGACCGCAUUCUGUACCGCGGGCUCGGACGCGUCAAGCAGCUCGAGUACCGACGUCACGAGGUGCGCGCGUCCGACCACCGACCCGUCAGCGCGGCCUUCAAACUGCGCAUCAAGACAGUGCGACAGACCGAGCGGGCCGUUACGUGGGAAAGCUGCCAACAGGAGUUCCAGAAGGAAAAGCGACGAUUGGCAUCGGAAGCGAGUAUCGAAUACCUCAUCAGCGUCCUCGGAACCGAUCCCCAACAAGCCCGAGCGUUGAUUCUCGGCGGGGGCUGUUAA